GGCGUGACAGCGGGCGCGCCGGGACCGCGCGCGCCUGCCGCGGUCGACAUGAGCCUCCUCGACACGCUACUCGAGGCGGCGCGGUACAUCGAGCUCCAGGAGCGGCGCCUGCAGGCCGGUGAGUAGCCCGCGCCGGCUGCGUGUGGCGCCGCGCCCCACGCUCUUGACCUUGAGUGGCACGCGGUCGGCGUCCCCCGCGCGCUCCCGGCUCGCCUCACCCCGCGUAAACAAAGAAAGCCUGAAAUUCACUCGCAGAACGCCACGCGUCGCACGUUCACCUCUAUUCGUACACGCAGAAUUGGCCGUGGUUCAUAAGGGCUCGUUGUGUCGAACUUCGUAUCAAUUGGCGGUCUAAUUAAUAUUAUGAGUCCGAGCGGCGAAAGAGAGCUCAUCGCUCGGCACUUGCUGGUGGUGCGAGUGGGCGGCGGUGUGUACGUGGAGUCGUGACGCACCGGCGCGGCGAGCAGGGGGCGCUGGAGAGUUCGGUCAGCUGAUCGCAGGGAGGGGACGCCGGCAGCGGGGGGCGCGGGACGUGUGCACGCGCAACGCCCGGUGGCUCGCUCUGCAUUUUGAUGUUCAUAAUAACUUGUCAUCCUCAGGACGAUACGAAUUUUAGAAUCUGUAUGUAAACUGACUAGAGGAAAAACUGGCACAAGGCGGGGUUGCGUAACGGUGCGUGCUGCCUCGCGCCGGCCAUUGUUCGUGAUGGACUCGUUGCCUCGGUGUGCAUUAUCGAAACUCGCGAUAAACGGUACCAUUUACAACACGCCAUUGUGACCGCCCGUGACGCCACAUCAUUAUCAAAGCAGCACCUCACACAAAUGUAUGACCGAUAACACGAUCAGGGCACUUUUUCCUAUUUUGUUUAUAUGUUCAACUCGAUUCCACCAUGACGCUAAAAUCAAUGAAAUAGAAAUCGCCUUCGAAUAAGCAGCGAGAGUGUAGCAAAGAAAAAAAGGGUCGCACGAUGAAACAAAAUUGAUUGCCCUUUUGAAUGUUUAAUAAUUUAAGUAGUAAGUACAUUUUAACAGAAACAAGAUCCGCUGAACUCAGAUGAUUUCAAUCUUAAUUACCGCUCUAAGAAGAUUCUUGUUAAAGAAAUAACAGGGAAUAAAUUGACAGCUAUAUUUUAAAAAUUAAGAAUAUGAAAUUUUGCUAGUCUAAAACGACUUUAAAUCUUCAGCUUGGAAAUUAUUUUGUGGUUAAAACCAAAUAAUACAUUGCACAUUCAUUCUUGUACAACGCACACAAAUAACUUUUUCAAUCGUUACCUACACGAUUUUCUCUUCGUCGGAAAUAUACUUGACAAUUCAUUAAGAUUACAACCAACCAAUUGAAGCAAGCUAAUAAAAGAUUAUUUAAACGAAAUCAUUAAAAACCUAUUCAAGAGUCGGUAUCGCGUUAAACUAAAACGAAAAACCUGAAGAACAUUAAAUCAACACAAAACAAAACUAAAAACUACUAAUACCAGCUAUUCGCUGUGAUUUCCUAAACACGAGCCGAGCGCGCCUGUGAAACGAAAACCGCGUUAUCGUGUUUGUUCGACACUUAUCAACUAUCGCCGGUUUUACUGAGCUUUUGAUAGCGCUGACCGCCGUAACGUAAGAGAGAAGAUAUGUAUAAAAUACAAGUAUGUUUUCACUUGAUCGUAGCCCACUGAGUUUCUCGCCGGAUCUUCUCAGUUGCGAUUCCGAUCCGGUGGUAGAUUCUGUGAAGCACUGCUCUUGCUAGGGCCGGUGUUAGCAACACUCCGGUUUGAGCCACGAGAGCUCACCUACACGCAAGGGUAAAGCUGAAAUAGCCACUCAAGGCUAUCAGCAAAGGUAGGAAAAAAUAUUUCAUCGUUUGGGGGGUUUAGUUGAUUAGUUCAAUAGCUACAUUUAUACCGACAGCUUGACAAAAUGCAGGAAUUAAUAGCAUCAGUUCCGAGGAUCUUAUGAUAUCAGUCAGUCCGGCUAAUAUGGCCUGGUCGUCCAUUGUCGACCAAUUUUGUAACCCAAUGCUGCAGCAAAAUGAUUAUAUUAUGCACUCGCGGAAACUAACUGAUUUAAUAACAAGUAAGGAAUAUUUAAAAUGAAAAUCUGGACUACUAUGUCUAGUCUAAAUGUUUGGUAUUGUCUAGCUUUUACCUCGAAGUUUUUCUUUUAAUCUGCUAACUUUAAGGUAUUUGGUAUAAGUUUUUUAUACGCAUUUCAUUAAACACAUUAAUUAUAGAAAUAUGUAUUACAUAAAGGAGCAAAAUCUUAAUAGAGUUAUAGAAAUAAAGUAAACGCAGAACUUUAAACUGAGUAUAAUUUACUUAUCAGAAAGGUGAGUAUAUAUUUGAAAACUCUAACAUAAAAUUAUAAUAAAAAAACUAUCAAAUCGUUAUCCGAGAAGAUAACUUAUUUCAUCAGACGUUGUAUUCACGAAUCCUAUUUUUAGCGAAAAUCUUCUUCAAACUAAAACUAGAAAGUUUGCCCAGACUUGAAUUUGCAUAUAGUAUAGUUGAACAGGUCGGUAUCGAUGGCGAUACGACUUCCACCUGUUGAUAUUAACUUUAUUGAAAUGAGUUAACAAGUUGUUGCUUUGAAUCGAGCCUCGCAAUCAAUCAACAUGGACUCGGGUUAUGACAAAAUUAGAAAAUCUUAGAUAGAGAAUUUAGUAUUUAGGUCUCACGAUUUUUUUUAUUGCCCUUCUAGGCAAACGAGCAUACGACCGACCUGAUGGUGAGUGGUUACCGUUGGCCUUGGACUUCAGCAAUGCCAGGGGCAGACUCAAGCCGCUGCCUACCGUUAAAAUAUGACACGAGCCUUUCAACUGAAUGACGUAAAUUUUAAGUUAAUUAGAACUUAGGUUUUAUCAAGCAUUGAAAAGAGGUUCAUUGUAAUUAAUCCUCAAACCGAAACAAUGUGCUUACAUAGUAGUAUUGUUGUUUUAUGCACAGAAUCGUAAUGCGCAGUUAGCAGACGCUACGCGCCUAAUUGCCGUCGGAUAGGCAGGCGGGGUAAGCGCUGAACAAUCGCGUCAACAAGGCUUGCGUGAGGUCGCUCCGCCGCCGCGCCGGUGAAAGGGACCGACCUCGGCAUCCGCCUGAGGACGCGCACUCGGCCGCGGCGUGUUUGUACCCCGCACGACAGGACCGUCGUCGCUCAGGCGAUUGUUUGUGCGCGUCGCCCGACCACGCACCGCGGCGGCGGCUUCUGUUCCGCCCGUGUGUGCGAGUACACGUCAUUCUCUUUAGUUUAACUGAAAUUAUCGCGACGCGGUCGUGUGCUCGUAUUUGUGCCUUUCCAGAUGCAAGUAUUUUAGUUGCGAACGCAUUAAGAAUCGUAUUCCUAUCGAGACUAUCGUUUGAGUAUUGUGAAAUUGUACAGCCAACAUUUCGAUUAUGAUAUAGUGAGGGGUUCAACAAGAACUCUGUGUAGUUAAGUGACAAAGACAGUGUGUGAGAACUAUGAGGACCCAUAAGCGCAGCUAACGAUCGGUUGCCCAUCGUAGAAUGGGUAUACUCAUGGAGACGACGGAAGUGAACCUGGGCAGCGGGUACAAGCGAGCGCGCGAAGUCAGCACCAUGGGGGCACCCGGCGAAUACUACGCGGACACGUUCCACACCAUCGCCAUCAAUACCAGGGAGACAGAGUUCGGAAGCAUUGUCGAACCAAUUCCGAUCAUGCUCAAAGCCUACAAGUACGCUCCACACGGCCACCCGGCUAAUGGUUACGGUUCCCCGCAAACGACAGCUCCUAUUAACCCUGUCCCCCGGCUACUCCCGGAGGCACCACCAACAUCGGCCUUCGCCCCGAUUAUUUACAAAAAGGAAGAGAUGAAAACAGAGAAGGUUCGACCUCCACCAAAAAAGAAAUGGAUUAGAGAAUAUUUAGAAGAGGAACCGAAGUCGCCUGUGAUAGUGCGCUCAGCGACGGUGAUGCCGGUGACGGCGUGCAACGGCAUCGUGAAUGUGAAACCGCCGUCACCGGUACCCCCCGCGCCCGCCCUCGAGCUGGUGUCCGCGCCAGCCCCCCACCCCGCACCCCUCAUCGACUUCGCACAAGAACAUUCCAGGCCGCGUACGACGAGCAACACCAGUCAUGGGCCAUCUCAGAUCCCCUCCCCUCCCUCCGUGGGUAGCACGGGUAGCAGCGGAGGCAGCGCCUCCAGCGUACCACGUGCUGGUACCCGCGAAGUCCACAACAAGCUGGAGAAGAACCGUCGCGCCCACCUAAAGGAGUGCUUCGAGCUGCUCAAGCGACAGCUUCCCGCCACCUCUGACGACAAGAAGACUUCCAAUCUCUCUAUUUUGGGAUCCGCGAUUAGGUAUAUUCAGGUUCUGCGUCGAAAGGAGCGCGAAUGCGAGCACGAAAUGGAAAGGCUGGCUCGCGAGAAAAUCGCCGCGCAACAGCGUCUGGCUGCGUUAAAACGAGAAGUUUCGGUUCGCACCACUGUGCGCCCACGGAGUAUCGACGCUAUUUCCGACGAGAAAGACCGGGAAGAACCAAUCAACGGACAAGUUUUAGGAAUCCCCAUUAGUAUUACCUCCUCGCCGCCUCGUUCGACGUCAUCAAUGGAAUCAUCUCCACCCCACACCUUAAACUUGAGUACGAAGUUACGUACGCUACCCAUUCAGUUAACACCCACCACCUCACAGAUGGUUCGCGCCCCGUACGGAGCUAGGCACGGCGCGGUCACAUUGACGACCCUCGCCGCCACCGAACCCACGCCCCAACAAAACGGUCAGCACGUUGAGAACGGCGUCAACACCGGUCUCAAUGGCACCACUAUAGUUCAUCCAGCACAAAUACACCUGCCCAUAUCGCAGGUGGUGGGCAGCGGCGGGCUAGUGGUGGGCGGCGCGGCGCUGCAGCUGCUGUCGAGCGCAGGGCUCCGCGUGCUGCACGCGCCCUCCCUGCAUCACAACGGUGUGACGGCUGAAAACAACAGGGUUCCUAAAGAAAACGGGGUGGUGUCGCCGACGCCCGUGGCUACAGAAACAACAGGAAGCGUGGUGGUCAGCGGGCUAGCCCCGCUUGUAGUGUCGCAGCCCACUACGCAUCUUUUGCAAACGCACACGCUCACGCAUAAGAUGGUAGAAACGCAAAUGGUGAAAGGUUCUGUAGCGCCACUGACCGUGAGCGCGCAGUACCUGAGCGCGACGACCAUCGUGAAGCCCGUGGUGGUGGUCACCGCGCCCUCCGCGCCCCACACGUGAGUCACGCCUCCCGCGCUCGCUGACAGCCUGGUACUAACCGCCGACACUUUGCCGCCUUAGACCGUUGACAGUCAAUGACAUUAACACUAAGAGAAGAAGGUAGACACGAAAGUCAACAGGUGACAAGGGCAUACGAAAGAAAUUACAAGAUCCAGUAAAUCAGUCUAUAUGACCUUUGACUGUGCGUUCGCCGCUGAUAUAUCAUUCGGACGUUAUUGACGCCCAAAACCAUCACUGCCAAAGUGUAUUCGAGCAAUAAAGUUAAAUCGUGCGUCCCUCUCGUGCGUUAUCGAUUUCGAAGUGUGUGAGUGAGACGAGUGUGCGUCGCGCGUGACUGAAAUGUGCACGUCUCGUUUUGGGCGUGUUUCACAAUAAACAAAUUACCAUGAGGACGGUGAUAGCAAAGUGACAAAACGAUGGACGGGAUCGGCCAAAUAGUGUAUAUUUUUCUACUAUAACAAUAUCCAGCAAUGUGAUUGAUUACAAUAAAUGUAAAUUAUUUAUAUGUUUAUUUAUUUAGGUUGAUAGGGAAGUACUCGGGGCGGCUACCUGUGGUGGCUAUUCGCAAAAUGGUCGAGAUACAGAGAUAUAGUAUAACCCGGCAAUAUUCUAAAUAUCUGCUGCUCGUUGUUGACAUGACCUUAUACUAUUUUAUAAAGAAAACAAUAAGUGGUUCUGAAGUAACUAAACUUACAGUAGAUUGGGGGGAAUAGGGACAAAUCUGGGAUGUCACAAAUACUGUUGUUGAGUUGUUAGAUUUAACUUUGUUGGACUGAAAAUGACUUUUAUUUAGUGUUUAAGAAUAUUAAAUAAUUUAAUUUAGUCAUCAAAGUUAUUUAACUCAUUUAAGAUAUUAAAAAGUUAAUUACCUAAAGCUAGGUACCUAUAUAACAACUAAAUAGUGCCAGCCCUAUCAAAAAACUAUUGAUCCCAUACGUAUUUUGAGCCCCAAAGCCAAGGUGAAUGGGGUCAAGCAUUUUUUUUAGUUUUUGCGUAUAUUUUUCAAUGGACUAUGUAUCGUGUAUAACGCAUCGUGUAAAAAAUUUUAAGCCUUCGGAACCAUUUUAAUCUCAAUUUUAUUGGUAUUACCCUAAGAAAAACCAUUGAAAAUUUGUGUUAUAUUUAGAAAAGGUCCCGAUUCCCCCCAAUCUACGGUAACUAUAGCUUCACAAAUCGUUUCAAUGAAUUAUAUGGUAAGGUAUAUUUAAAGCGUAUCAUUGUACUGGUGCAAUAAUUAUUAUUGACAGAGAAAUUAAAAAGAAAAUUAUACAUAAUUAUUAUUAUGAGAAUAUAUUAUUUUUUUCAUAACUGUAACUCAAACAAAGUGUCUGUACAAAAUCCGACUUAUUAUGUAAUAGUUAAGUGUAUAUAUUGUUCUAUAAACAUGAUAAAGUAAUAUUUUUUCUAUCUGUGAUCGUGGUUAGGGACUGGUGGACAUUUUGUAUAUAACCGUUGGGUGUUGUCAAUUUGUUGUGACGGAGCGUGGUUCGUGUUGUUGAACCAAUUUUGGGCGGGAAUCGCUCAAAAUUGGUUCUAUAAAAUGAAAUCAGCCGGUCAUGCUUAGACUUAGUUCAAAUGUGGCUUAUUACGGUGGUAAUGCGACAGAGAAAUGUGAUAGUAACGGCAUCAAGGCACCAGGAGACCAUACAUCAAAAGAGCUGUCUUUUUUUUAAAGGGAUUUUGUGACCUGGCAACCUUUAAAAAGAGCUGUCAAUUAUAUCGUUAUACAGACUAUAGAACAGAUGUUUAAAAAGAGACUAUAAUAUAGAUAAUACAAUUUUUUUUUUAUAAAAAAGAGUUAGGUUUUUAUUGUAGUAAGAUUGAUUAAUACACGUCGGUCUCUGGGUGCCGGCACAGGCCACAGGGCCGUCCACACAUAGUGCCUAACCUGUACAAGAUUUUAUGAAUUUGUUGACAGAUGUAGUUCUAAUUGAGAAACGAAAAAACAAUUUCACAAAGAGAACGAACAAAUUUUAAGACAAUUAUAUUUUUGUAAGCAAGAUUAAGGCUACCCCAUAGAUAUACAGUUCUGUUCGCUCGUUCAAUAGUAAUGAUGUUGAUGUUAUAUUAGUAGAAUUGCGUAGUUGUGUAAUAAUGCUGUUAUUGACAUUGUUUAACUGUUUUUUUUUUUAAAUACAAAUGACUACAGGUAUGGUUUCGUGUAAAAUAUAGAUAAAUGAAAGUGCCAACAGUUAAGUGUGGAGGAAAAUGGUGGUUUGUCGUUAGAAUAUACGUUAAAAAAUAUCUGAGGUUGUAUGUAAAUAUAAGUAUAAAAUGGCGACAAAAUAUCAUUGAUUUCCGUGGAGAUCGUUACAUAGACAAUUUCUUUACGAAAGCGCUCGAAAGUAGUACUGAGCGCGCCGUCCAUUAUGCUCGGCGGUGAAUGCCGGGCUUUAUUUUUAUACAACAUGACAUUUUGAUUACAAAUGCAGUUUACUCCCAUGUUAAAAAAUUGUAUACCAUAUUAUGUAUGUAAUUAAUUGAAUUAUUAUUGGUAGCCAAAUUAAUUAUUCUAAUUUAUUAUUAUCAAGAUUAUUAUACUUAUAGUUGUGAAUCUAUUUUUUUUUUAUUGGCUGUGACUGUGUAUCUUUUUGUUUAAAUUAAUGCAUUUUCCCAUUUUCAUUUCGACCAUUUUUGUGUAGUUAUUAUAUCCUAAGGCCCGCUCCUAAAAUACAUAAGAAAAUACAGUAUUUUAAUACGAUUGUCUGUAAGUCGAGAGUCUGACGUCACUUUGCCUAAAAUAGAAGAUAAAAAUAAUAAAAGAAUAUAUAUGUAAAAAUAAUAUAAUGAUAAAGAGAGAAAUUUAUUUUUAAUUGUAAUAAUAUUGUGAAGCAAGUGGAUGCUCAUGUAAAUAAAAGAAGAAAAAAAAGAAAAGGAAAUAGUGUAUAAAGCUCUGAAUAUGUUAGAAAUAUACAAGGUAUUACAUCAA